AUGAGUACACCACCAAAGCUCUGGCUCAGAUGCGAGACCAAGGAAUUCGAAAAAAGAGCAGCGCUCACGCCAGCAACGACGAAGCAGCUUCUCGAUAAAGGAUUCGAUGUGACAAUUGAGAGAGACCCACAGCGCAUUUUCGACGACGAGGAGUAUGAGAAAGUCGGUGCAAAGCUCGCACCACACAACUCAUGGCCAACAGCGCCAAAAGAUACGUUAAUCAUUGGAUUGAAAGAGCUCCCAGUCGAGGACAAGCCGCUCGAGCACACCCACAUCCAAUUCGCACACUGCUACAAGCAACAAGCUGGCUGGGCUGAUGUAUUGAAGAGAUUCGCAGACGGAGGCGGAAGUCUGUAUGAUUUGGAGUUCCUCACUGAUAACAGCGGUCGCAGGGUCGCUGCAUUUGGCUUCCACGCAGGUUUUGCAGGUGCAGCUGUCGGUUUGCUCUCACAUAUUGCCCAGCAAGAAGACAAAGAACUUGGUCAUUUAGAGCCAUACCCUAAUGAGGAUGAGCUUAUCGACGAUCUCAAGAAAAAGAUCGCCGCAAGCAGCUCCAACAAGCCUAUCAAGGCUCUUGUCAUCGGUGCACUCGGCAGAUGCGGUAGAGGUGCUGUGUCACUCUUCCAAAAAGCCGGUCUCGCAGAUGAGAACAUUAUCAAGUGGGAUAUCAAUGAGACCGCAAAAGGUGGCCCAUUCCAGGAGAUCCUCGAUGUUGAUAUCUUCGUCAACUGCAUCUACCUCAGCUCUAAAAUACCAAACUUUAUCGAUCGCCAAUUCAUCGAGAGUGCAGGCAAGGACCGUAGAUUGUCGGUAGUUGUAGACGUCAGCUGUGACACUACUAAUCCAAACAACCCAAUUCCAAUCUACAACGUUAAUACUACCUUCGAUAAGCCAACAGUACCAGUCGAGUUAAAUGCAGACGUUCCUCCAAUGCAGGUUGUCUCAAUCGACCACCUCCCUACUCUCCUCCCAAGAGAGUCUUCGGAUGCAUUCUCACAUGACCUCCUCCCAUCUCUCUUCGAGUUAACCAACCGCAACACCGCACGCGUGUGGACGGAAGCUAAGGAUUUGUUUGAAAAAUUCAAGGGUCAAGCGCUUGCAACCAUCGGUCAGGCGUAA